AUGACUCUUUUGGCCUUAAUGUACUCACAAAUCUUAAUUGUUAAUACUAAAGGUCUCACACAUAAUAUUUCUGAUAUUCUUGAGGUAUCUUCUUAUCAUCUGAAUACCCUCAGCCAAUGGGAUUCUAAGCCAAGAAUAAAUUUUGUAUUACGUGACAUGAAAGAUGCCAGAAAAAUUGAUGCACGUGGAAAUUUUCUUCAUUUUAAAAAUUCUAAAGAUAUACAACAAUGGAAUGCAAUAAAAAAGAUUGUUAAUAGCUAUGAUGAGACUUUAUUAGAAUCCUACAAAUGUCUUGAUCAAGAAACCAACAAAUAUCUCUCUCAAGCACUUGCUGAUUUUUGGCUAAAAGUCUCUAAUCAAUAUAAUCCUAAAAUAAUUGAUGAAGAAUCCCAGUUAAUUAAAUUGGCUAAAGACAAAAUCGGUGAGGCUGUUGAAAAAAUCCUUGAGGAAAAUAAAGAUAAAACUUCUAAGGAUUUUGAAAAAAUCUUUUCUAAGUCUAAACGUGAUGAAUUGUUUGAUAUUGAAUGGAAAAAGAUAGAAGAAAACCAUCAAGCUUUUAUGCUUUCUAUGAUAAUAGAAACAAAAAAACUUGAAGAGCAUGCCAUAGAAGAUAGAACCAGCAAAAUAAGUGAUGAGAAUAAACCAAGAGAAAAGUUCAAUCAAAGGUUUUGGAAUACACUUGUAAAGCCAGCAACUUUGGUUAAAUCCGAUCCUUUAGAUGAUCUACAAUUUUUAGAAU